UAUCAACCAUCUUAUCAUAUACACUUCCGUUUGAAGUGAUACGGUGUAAAAACUGGCCUAUAUAAACGGAUUGACCAUUCGUAUCGUAAACCGCGUUUAGUUCAACUUUGGAGUUUGGUUUAGAUUCAUAAGUCCACAGUUUAAGCAGAAUGAUGAAGCAAGUCAUCGUUAGUGUUACCAUCGCUGUCGCCCUUUUUGGGGUAAUUCAGGCUUCAGAUUUAAUACUGGGAACCAUCAACUCAGGUGAUCGCGUACUGCUCUCUCAGGGCUAUACAGCUCCAGCAGUAGUUAACCAUACCGCAACCCAACGUGUUACUUACACUGGAAACUAUAACAUUACCGCUAUCCGCGCGUUCGAUCGAUCAGCCAAUCGUACCGGAGUGUCAUCGCUUUACAGUGGUGGUAUUGGGCAACGGAAUGCCACUAUCCUGUUGGCAGGAUACAGAGCCGGAGUUGGAUUCGACUAUUUGGUGGAAAUUUAUGGUAGAUAAUAAUUAGUCAAAUAAUGCUUAACUUUGGUUAGUUUGAAUAAUAAAAUAUAUUUGGAUGUAACAA